UAAAAUUAAAAAUAAUAUACAAAACAAAGCAAAACUACGGCUGCAAAACUUGGAAUUAUAUGGCUGCCAUCGCCACUUCUUCUGCUGCAAAUGCUGUCGCCAAAUUUUCUCUUCCGUUUUCCUCGCCGAGGAAUUCGCCGCAGUUCCUUUCUGUUCCACGCCGAGCUCGAUCUUCCGCCGGCGUCUGUGCUUCGUUGUCCUCGGCGGCUCCGGUGCUGUCUAAACCCGAUGAUUUGGUGGAGACCAUUCUGUCCAAGGUAGUGCAAACAGAUAGAGGAGUUCUACUGGCAGGGAGUGAACACCAAAAGGUCGCUGAAGUGGCUAACGAGCUGCAAAAGUUCUGCGUCAGUGAGCCGGUGAAGUGUCCUCUCAUAUUCGGAGAGUGGGACGUCGUGUACUGUUCAAAUCCUACAUCGCCUGGUGGUGGAUACCGGAGUGCAGUAGGCCGGCUUGUGUUCAAGACCAAGGAGAUGGUUCAGGUGGUCGAGGCCCCCGACGUUGUGAGGAAUCAAGUAUCCUUCUCCCUCUUCGGCUUCAUUGAUGGAGAAGUCUCGUUGAAUGGGAAGCUGAGGGCUUUGGAUGAGAAAUGGAUACAAGUAGUGUUCGAGGCGCCUGAGCUCAAGGUUGGGGGGCUGGAGUUUAGAUAUGGCGGCGAGAGUGAAGUGAAGCUCCAAAUCACAUACGUAGAUGAGAAGAUCAGAUUAGGAGUAGGCUCCAGAGGCUCUCUAUUUGUUUUCCAAAGAUGCACACCAAUAUCAUGACUUCUAUGUAAUAUAUUUGCAGGCAAAACUAUAAUACUUUUUAUGUUUCUUUUCAUGGGAAAUGUGAACAACACAACCCUAUUAUGAAUAAUAAGUUUGUAUGUUGUUAUGAGAGA